GCAUUUCUUUCUGAGAGGCGAACAGCAGACAGGCAUUUGAGAUUCUAUAUAGCGGGAGAAUAUAGUGUUGGCAACGCUCUUUCAACCUCCAACAUUCCUCGACAUGCAGUUAUGAUUUUGUGGAAUUGACAACAAAGAACAGUGGAUUGGAGAAGGAUUGACAUUUCAGUACAAAGAAACUAAGAGAGUCACCUACUCCAAGCAGUGUAGAGGGGGAAACCAACUACUGCAGCUCCAUGGCUGACCCAAUAAAGCUGGCUGACCCAAAGCUGGCUGAACUAAGAGACAGCAUGGCAGAUUUUACAGUGCAGACGGCCAAGCACUCCAACCCUCCAAUCUCCUCCACUCCCCUGCGGCCGCCCAGCGAACAGCAGUCCAAGGACCGGGCCUCCAAAAGGCUUUCCUCCGAGUCCAACGGGACCAGCGAGGGUGGGGCAGGGUCGCGGACGCCCGUGGAGAUAACCGCACUGGAGGAGUCGUUCCGGCGCUUCGCCAUCCACGGCGACACACGUGCCACAGGAAAGGACAUGCAUGGCAAGAACUGGUCCAAGCUGUGCAAGGACUGCGGCGUCAUCGACGGAAAAACUGUCACCCUCACGGACGUGGAUAUCGUCUUCACUAAAGUCAAGAAGAAAUCCUGUCGCACCAUCACGUUUGACGAGUUCAAGGCAGCGUUGGGAGAGCUGGCCAGCAAGAGAUUCAAGGAGAAACCGGGAGAGGAGGCGGAGGGGGAGGUCUUCAGGAUGAUUGAGGGGAAGAAACCGGUCAUUAAAGGAGUCACGAGAGCGGUGGCUUCUCCCACCGUGUCUCGUCUGACGGACACGACCAAGUUCACUGGGUCACACAAGGAGCGCUUUGACGAGAGUGGCCGUGGGAAGGGGAAGGCAGGUCGCGUGGACAUGGUGGACACAUCCGGGUACGUCGCAGGAUACAAACACCUCGGGUCAUAUGAGAAGAAAGUCACCAAGCCCACCGGGCCCCCUGGAGCCGGGCCCCCUGGAGGAGGGCCCCAUGGAGGAGGGCCCCCUGGAGCCGGGCCCCCUAGAGCCGGGCCCCCUGGAGCCAAACCAGUGUGAAGAAAGUAGAAAAGAAACAAACAAACAGAAACAUAAGACCAACUACUAGGAUAAUAAUUUUCUAAAGAAAGAACUCCAUGAAAGCACAACAAAAGGAUAGGAUUUCAUAUUUUCUCACCCAUCUUGUUUUCUUUUCGCGAGUGGGAUGUUUUGAGUUCCUCUCUUUUUUGUUAUGUGUGAGAACUGGAAAACUGUUUACAUCAAUUUUUACAGCUGGUACAUUCCUGACAGAUCGCAAGUUACUGCCAAAGGUUCAAAUGAAGCCACCAACCAACAAGGGAAACAACUGUUUUACUCUGCAUUUUUUGAAACCUCUUCAUGAUGAUAGGCGUCUUCACAUAUGUAUUAUAAGCACUAUGAAUAACACCAUACCAAGAAAAACUAAUAAGAGAAGGAAGGGUUCGCCAAAUGAUUUAACAAGAUUGCACUUUGCUUUAGAUAGGCAAUAGCUUCUUUUCCCAUUUUUAGUUGAAGAAAUACAUCCUUAAUUUCAUACUUUUUAGUUAGUUGAAUGUCUAUUGGCAUAAACUGGUGAAGUAGAUAUACUGGUAGGUUGUUAUAUUGAUCAAACCAUCUUCAAUAUCAACUUUCUGCCUUUCCUCUGGUCAAUGAGGUCUGCUGUAUGAGUCUUCAUCUACUGGCUGUAUGAGUCUUCAUCUACUGGCUGUAUGAGUCUUCAUCUACUGGCUGUAUGAGUCUUCAUCUACUGGCUGUAUGAAUCUUCAUCUACUGGCUGUAUGAGUCUUCAUCUACUGGCUGUAUGAGUCUUCAUCUACUGGCUGUAUGAGUCUUCAUCUACUGGCUGUAUGAGUCUUCAUCUACUUGCUGUCUGUUCUCCUUUAUACUUCAUCAUAGUUUACACAUAUUGACGACAACAUUGUUUGCCUUCAAUUGUUCUUAAAAUAACUAAACCUUUAAACAGGAUAUGUAGAAGUUCUGAGUCUUCCUGUCUUUAGCUACGUAUAUCAUAUGAAUGAUAACAUUUUAUUUUUGUUCAUUCUACCGUCAGAUAUCAAGUUUGUUAUCUAUGAGUCUUAACUUCCCUUUCUUGUGAAUCUUGCUUUUAUAAACAUUCUGUGGAGUUAUAUCGGUACUGUACCUUGUGUAUUUACAACACAAGGAGAAGAAUACUGCUAGAAUGAUUUCAUAUCCUAAGGCCACGUCUUGUCUGGUUCCUUCUGAAACCCUCGUCCAUUAUUUACACCCCCAGCAUAUUAAACAAGAUAACAGGUCAAUGACCCUGAAAUGAUCAUCUCUAAUCAUUAAUCUAAAUCACACACACACCAAUUUGAUAAGGCUCCACAGUUUGUUCCACACUAUGUCUGGUUGUAUUAGCUGGACCUCUGAAACUAAGAGGUGAGCUGGGUUGUUCAGGUUUGUAUUUUUCAAUAUUUAACUGAUAUGAUAUUGCCGUCAGAUUUCUAUAGUUCUAAUAUAUUGGUGGUAAGAGUGUGUAUAUUUCUAAACAUGCGGCCGCAUGGCUUCAUUUAAGACACUGACCUGCGUUUGUUUUUCUUGUCUUGCUGUAUCUUAUGCAUGAAGUAAUGGAAUGCUACUACUUUACCAUUAACAAUAUGAACCAGACAACAUAUUUCAGAGGUCUCAUUUCAACCUGCUGUGUUAGUGACUUGCUCUGCUCCUACGUUCUGGCAGAGUAGUCAGACCAAUGGAAUUCAAACUAAAACAACUUCACUUUGACAGGAGGACCAAGUUGUGGUUACAUUGUGAGUGUACAGAGACCAUAGAGAUCCUAUAAAUGACUAUGUAUAGACUAAGAAUAUCAAAGGGGACAUUUGUGGCCAAGGAGUUGGGUGACAUUAUCAGGUGAUAUCAUUGACCGUACAUGCAGAAGAAAUCUAUAGCUUGGUGGAACCAGCCUGAUCGUUGCAUUCACUAUGAAAGAGAAUCAUGAACCAGCCUGAUCGCUGCGUUCACUAUGAAAGAGAAUGAUGAACCAGCCUGAUCGCUGUGUUCACAAUGAAAUAGAACCAUGAAAGAGAAUGAUGAACCAGCCUGAUCGCUGCGUUCACUAUGAAAGAGAAUGAUGAACCAGCCUGAUCGCUGCGUUCACUAUGAAAGAGAAUGAUGAACCAGCCUGAUCGCUGCGUACACUAUGAAAGAGAAUGAUGAACCAGCCUGAUCGCUGCGUUCACAAUGAAAUAGAACCAUGAAAGAGAAUGAUGAACCAGCCUGAUCGCUGCGUUCACAAUGAAAUAGAACCAUGAAAGAGAAUGAUGAACCAGCCUGAUCGUUGCGUUCACUAUGAAAGAGAAUGAUGAACCAGCCUGAUCGCUAUGUUCACAAUGAAAUAGAACCAUGAAAGAGAAUGAUGAACCAGCCUGAUCGCUGCGUUCACUAUGAAAGAGAAUGAUGAACCAGCCUGAUCGCUGCGUUCACUAUGAAAGAGAAUGAUGAACCAGCCUGAUCGCUGCGUACACUAUGAAAGAGAAUGAUGAACCAGCCUGAUCGCUGCGUUCACAAUGAAAUAGAACCAUGAAAGAGAAUGAUGAACCAGCCUGAUCGCUGCGUUCACAAUGAAAUAGAACCAUGAAAGAGAAUGAUGAACCAGCCUGAUCGUUGCGUUCACUAUGAAAGAGAAUGAUGAACCAGCCUGAUCGCUGCGUUCACUAUGAAAGAGAAUGAUGAACCAGCCUGAUCGCUGCGUUCACAAUGAAAUAGAACCAUGAAAGAGAAUGAUGAACCAGCCUGAUCGUUGCGUUCACUAUGAAAGAGAAUGAUGAACCAGCCUGAUCGCUGCGUUCACAAUGAAAUAGAAUGAUGUACCAGCCUGAUCGCUGCGUUCACUAUGACAGAGAAUGAUGAACCAGCCUGAUCGCUGCGUUCACCAUGAAAUAGAAUGAUGAACCAGCCUGAUCAUUGCGUUCACUAUGAAAGAGAAUGAUGAACCAGCCUGAUCGCUGCGUUCACAAUGAAAUAGAACCAUGAAAUAGAAUGAUGAACCAGCCUGAUCGCUGCGUUCAUUAUGAAAGAGAAUGAUGAACCAGCCUGAUCGCUGCGUUCACUAUGAAAGAGAAUGAUGAACCAGCCUGAUCGCUGCGUUCACUAUGAAAGAGAAUGAUGAACCAGCCUGAUCGCUGUGUUCACAAUGAAAUAGAACCAUGAAAGAGAAUGAUGAACCAGCCUGAUCGCUGCGUUCACUAUGAAAGAGAAUGAUGAACCAGCCUGAUCGCUGCGUUCACUAUGAAAGAGAAUGAUGAACCAGCCUGAUCGCUGCGUUCACAAUGAAAUAGAACCAUGAAAGAGAAUGAUGAACCAGCCUGAUCGCUGCGUUCAUUAUGAAAGAGAAUGAUGAACCAGCCUGAUCGCUGCGUUCACUAUGAAAGAGAAUGAUGAACCAGCCUGAUCGCUGCGUUCACUAUGAAAGAGAAUGAUGAACCAGCCUGAUCGCUGUGUUCACAAUGAAAUAGAACCAUGAAAGAGAAUGAUGAACCAGCCUGAUCGCUGCGUUCACUAUGAAAGAGAAUGAUGAACCAGCCUGAUCGCUGCGUUCACUAUGAAAGAGAAUGAUGAACCAGCCUGAUCGCUGCGUUCACUAUGAAAGAGAAUGAUGAACCAGCCUGAUCGCUGCGUUCACAAUGAAAUAGAACCAUGAAAGAGAAUGAUGAACCAGCCUGAUCGCUGCGUUCACAAUGAAAUAGAACCAAGAAAGAGAAUGAUGAACCAGCCUGAUCGUUGCGUUCACUAUGAAAGAGAAUGAUGAACCAGCCUGAUCGCUGCGUUCACAAUGAAAUAGAACCAUGAAAGAGAAUGAUGAACCAGCCUGAUCGCUGCGUUCACAAUGAAAUAGAACCAUGAAAGAGAAUGAUGAACCAGCCUGAUCGUUGCGUUCACUAUGAAAGAGAAUGAUGAACCAGCCUGAUCGCUGCGUUCACUAUGAAAGAGAAUGAUGAACCAGCCUGAUCGCUGCGUUCACUAUGAAAGAGAAUGAUGAACCAGCCUGAUCGCUGCGUUCACAAUGAAAUAGAAUGAUGUACCAGCCUGAUCGCUGCGUUCACUAUGAAAGAGAAUGAUGAACCAGCCUGAUCGCUGUGUUCACUAUGAAAGAGAAUGAUGAACCAGCCUGAUCGCUGCGUUCACUAUGAAAGAGAAUGAUGAACCAGCCUGAUCGCUGCGUUCACUAUGAAAGAGAAUGAUGAACCAGCCUGAUCGCUGCGUUCACCAUGAAAUAGAAUGAUGAACCAGCCUGAUCGCUGCGUUCACCAUGAAAUAGAAUGAUGAACCAGCCUGAUCGCUGCGUUCACAAUGAAAUAGAACCAUGAAAUAGAAUGAUGAACCAGCCUGAUCGCUGCGUUCACAAUGAAAUAGAACCAUGAAAGAGAAUGAUGAACCAGCCUGAUCGCUGCGUUCACUAUGAAAGAGAAUGAUGAACCAGCCUGAUCAUUGCGUUCACAAUGAAAUAGAACCAUGAAAGAGAAUGAUGAACCAGCCUGAUCGCUGCGUUCACUAUGAAAUAGAAUCAUGAAAUAGAAUGAUGAACCAGCAAUCAGGCUGGUUCCACCAGGCUACAAAAUCAAAUGUCAGCAAUUUGAAUUGUAUCAAAUGGAUGCAUAUGAAACUAGAAGGUUUUACAUUCUAAAUGAAAAAGACUCCUAUGCCAUAGAUACUACAGGUAGGUACAUAUGACUAGUGACUUCAUCAGUAUUGUUUGUGACCCUUGAACUCUUGUCUUUGAAGAUGUUUUAGAGAAACCUUUUUAGUGUAAACACUGUUAUCCUGACACUUUCUACGGCACACAUUCAACAGAACACAAAAGGCAGGGUAAUAUAGUACUGUGAUAUUUGAUGGACAUACUGUAUGAGGUGAAGGGGAUGAACAAAGAAGUAGACUUUUGUAGGACAUAUAUUUUUUCAGCAUAAUGACAUACUGUUGCUUUCAUACUGGCCACCCUACCUUAGCCUCUGCUGACCAAUAAGACUCAUGCGUUGAUUGAGAUCAACACCUGUUAACUAGUUGAAUCGUAAUCACUUUAGUACGAUUUGUCUUGUGUGCUUAAUGCCAAAUACUGUGCACCUUUUCGUGUGGAGAAGCAAAUCCUUAUUUUUCAAAAAAAUAACUUGUUAAUGUAUGAUUAUUGUGACCUGGUGCAUGCUUUGUGUUUUGGUUCUUGUUCUCGAGACCUGUGUGUUCAUGAUUUGUAGCAUUGAUGAAAAUAAAAACUCCCCAUCCUGAAGAA